CUGCACUUGGUCGAGCUCAGCACAUACUAAGUGGUUUCUCUCAGAAAGAAAUUCAUCGCAGACCUCGUAAAUAGCAGCAGCAGAUUUGGGAUUUGAGGAACUUACAAAUUCACACUACUAUAUGCAAUUGGAAAGCAGAGAUCCUGAGUAUGGAGAUUUGAGAUGUAUGGAGUGCGAAGUACCAGAAGUGGUUGUUUUCCUAAAAGAACAUGGUUGCCAGAUCUUCAAGGAUUUGUGUAUAGAUGGGGAAGUGCCUUGUCAUGACAAAUGUUGUGUGGAAAACUGUGAGUUGGACCACAAUAAUAUAUCCAACCUGUUGAAGUAUGAGCUGGCCAGAAACAGCAGAGAGGUUUCUGAAGAAAUGUUGUUAUAUACUAGCAUUUCAACUGGGGCAGAAGAAUCUUUCUCUAACCAUGAUUGCAUUCAUGAUGAUGCCAAGCUUUGUGAUGCUGAAAAGAAGCUGCUGAUGGAAGAUAAAACAGUUUCUGCUCAUAUUUCAACAGAGGCUUGUUCUUCUUCAGAGAAGGAAUUAUCAGAUAUACGAAAUUUGAGUAAUACUGAGCAGAUCACCGGUCCCUCUCUUUCUCACUUGUUUAAUUGCGAAGAUCUUAGACUAGAUCAACAACAGAAUCAUCAGGAGCAUCCAAAGACGGAAACAAUGAUAGCGGACACUUGGUCAGCUGGCAAGGAAGCAGAUUGCAGAAACUGCAAUGGAGUAGAUCUAAGAUCAGAGGUUGAGUUGGGAGCCCAAAGAAUAACAGAUGACUCUGGUUCACAACCAAUUACGGACGAAAGCACCUCCGAAGACAAACGCACCGAAAGCACCUGCGAGGCGGCGGAUUGCAUGUCAAAAGUACCAUUAUUAGCAUCAUCAUCAUCAUCACGUCAAAAUGAAAAUACCGCAGGGCAUCAUCGAGAACUUGGAAGCUCUAGCUUCUCUGCAGCAAGCACUGCCUCUGGUCGAUUAACGUUCUCUGGGUUGAUACCAUUUUCUGACAACAUCUCCCUCCGCUCGAAUAGCACAGCGAGCACAAGAUCUUUUGCAUUUCCCACAUUAGCAACAGAAUGGAACGAAAGUCCCAUAAGAAUGGCAGAAGUUGACAGAAAGCCCAAAAGGCGGGGAUGUUGGAGGAUGUGUUUUACAUGUUCGAAUUUUUAGAGUGUUGUAAAUCUCGUCCUGUAAAAUCUUUACCAAAUACUACAUCAUCCAGAUAUCAACUUAAUAUACCCUGUCAAGUGUGAAAGGCCACAUAUUUUUAUAAUUUUUUUUGUCACUUUUAUAGUAUACCCACUGAGGCA